GGGCGAGGGAGGGGGAGGGGAGCGACCGCUAAUUAGCCAUGGAGGAGCAGCCACAGACUCGGCGCGUCGGGAUCCUGGGAUACGGCAAGCUCGGGCAGUUCCUGGUGUCGCAGCUGCUGUCCCUCGGUCCGUCCCUCGGUCUGUCCCUCGCCUUUGUCUGGGCUCGCCGCUGGGAGGCGCUGGAGGCGCUGCCGCCCCAUCUGCGCCUGCGCGACCUGAGCGAGCUGCCGAGCACCUGGGGUCCCCAUUGUCCCCGUGUCCCAGCUGGGGUCCCCAUUGUCCCCGUGUCCCCACUGACCCGUGUCCCCGUGUCCCAGCUGGGGUCCCCCACGGCGCUGGCGGACGCUGGCACUGAGCGGCGGCUGCGGGCGGCGGCGGCGCGCGGGGGCCACACCCUGUACGUGCCCAGGGGGGCCCUGUGGGGCUGCGAGGACAUCGCCAGGAUGGACAGCGCGGGGACGCUGCAGGCUCUGAAGGUGACAAUGACCAAGGCCCCCGGCAGUUUCCGCGCCCAGGGCUGGCUGUCCCCGCGCGUGGCGGCCGCGGUGGCCGCGGGGACGAGGACGGUGCUGUACCAGGGUCCCCUGCGGCCGCUCUGUCCCCUCGUCCCCAACAACGUCAACACCAUGGCGGCGGCCGCGGUGGCGGCGCCGCGCCUCGGCUUCGACGGCGUCACCGCCUGCCUGGUGGCCGACCCCAGUGUCCCCGACUGUCACAUUGUCACCGUCGAGGUCACCGCGGUGCCCGAGGGCGGCCGCGCCCUCACGGUCACCAGCACCCGCCGCAACCCCGCCGAGCCCGGCCACGUCACCGGCAGUGCCACCCGCCACAGCUUCUGGAGCAGCGUGCAGGCCUGCACCGGGCAUGGCGGCUGCGUCAAGCUCUGCUGAGGAGGAGCGGCGGAAAUGCCCGCUUGGGGACGUCUUGGGGACAAUUUGGGGAC